UUCUCAAUUACCCGCCAAAAGGUAUAUAUUUAACGGAUUAAAAUUUCAUACUUUCAAAUUUCUAAACGUCUCUCCUUCUUCUCUAUCUCUAUUCACUUCUCUUUCGCUCGCUCUAGGGUUUCCUCUCCUUCUCUCUUGUUGCCAUGACUACUCUUCUCUCUGUCCUUUGCAGGUUUCGCACGGAAACACCGGUGAUUUUGGCUCAAUUUCGUCAGAAAACGCCUGAACGACGAUGUUUAUGGAUUUUAUCAGGUGAGCGAUACGAAGAUAAUGGAAUCUACUGCGGAGGUUGAAUCUAGGGAUUUGUUGGAGGUGAGAUCGGAGGGUUUAGGUGAAAAGAGACCGGUGGAGAAUGGGGAGGGUGUUGAAUUGGGGGGACCUGUGGCGAAGAAGGCGAGAAUUGGUGGUGGAGUGGUAGGGAAUAUUAAGAAAAUGGCGGAGAUUGUGCUGGUGUUGGCGGCGAUGGGGAAGAUGAGGGGAGGGAGGAGUCCGACGAUGGCGGAGAAGGAGAUGAUAGCGGAGGCGAGGACAAAGUUGGUCGGGGUGUGUGAAGGGUUUGCACCGAAGGAUCUGUUUCCGAGGGAUGCAUUUGGAACGGUUAUUGACGAUCUGGGGCUCAAUAAGUUGAGGGAACAAAGGUUAGGGUUUCGGCCUCCUAAGCUCUCGAUUGCUGAGAAGUUGUUGCUCACCAAGCAAAAGAUGGAAAAAUCUGAGAAUUUUUCUCUGCAUUCUGGUCCACAUUUAUCUCAACGGUUGCAAAUGAACUCUGGUGCAGCCACUGAAAGCUGUGGGACAUCCCAUGCUGUUCGAAUGUUUCCAGCAGAUAAAUCAAAUCAUGCGCAAAUUUCUUCUGCAGGUGUUCAAGGCAAAAAUUUAGGUCACGUUUCUGCAGCAAAUUCUACAGGGUUGCCAUAUCAAUUGCCCAGUAGUGAAGUAAGACCAAUGGUUUCUAGUGGAUUGCCCAGCAGUCAUGUGGUUAGGGAUUCUUCAUUUGCAUUGCCUAGAGUUGAACAAACGCGUUUCAGGUUGGAUGGAAGAUCAAAUGGUUCUUCCAAUAUUUUACAAGCUCCAGGAAAUUCUUCUAGUGAUCACAAAAUGGUGAAAACUCCGACGUGGUCCGUGCAACCCCAAUCUGCUUCAUCUUCUAAAGUUGUAUCAGAUAAUAAGGAGUUGGCUCAUACCUCUAUUCAGGUUGAGGGAGCUGCUGAUAUGAAUACGUCACGGAUGGCCCCUCAAGCAACAUCCAAACCAUUUUCAACUCAAACCACAUCUGCAAAGUCCCCGAGCAUGCAUCAGCAUUUACAGGGCAUGAACUUUGUUCAAGCUCCCUCUUUAGGCAAUAGGCACAAUGAAAUUAGUAAAAUUGUUCAGAAAUUAUUGCACCCACAUCUUCCACAGCAUCCCACCUGGACCCCUCCUUCCAGGGAUUACAUGAAUAAGGCUUUGACUUGCCAAAUCUGCAAGCAAACUUUUAAUGAUGUGGACAGUGUACUUGUUUGUGACGCAUGUGAGAAAGGAUUUCACUUAAAAUGUCUUCAGCUUUCUAAUCAGAAGGUAGUUCCUAGAGGUGAGUGGCAUUGUGGAAUGUGUUUGACGGUAAGCCAGGGGAAACCUUUACCCCCUAAGUAUGGUCGUGUCACGAGGAACAUAAAUGCCCCUAAACUUUCUUCGAACACAGCUCUGAUUGAGUCAUCUGCAGAGAAGAAAGUGGGGACUUUGGAUGAGAAGGCCAGUCAGCAGAAGAUAACUGCAAAUGGAAAUCCUUAUUUACAAAGUCCUCUAACUGUUACGAAUAUUAUUAGCAAUCCAGCAUCUGGUUCAAAGAUGGUAAAUGUUGGCGAAAUGCUAGGGAAUGAUACUUUAUCAAACAGAGUUCAAAUGGAUGACAAUCCAUCUCCUGAAACUUUUCCAAGCAACUUGACGAAAUCCUCAGGGGCUGCUUGUAUUUCUCCUACUGGCUUAUCAGUCCAAAGAACAUGUGUAGAGGAAUUGGUUCCUGAAUCAAGCACACGCCCCCCAGCAAAAUCUAAGACAGUCACUUACAAAUCACAAGCCCCUAGCAAAGCUCAAGAUAAUGACCAAACAAACCUAGCAAAGAGUGCUGAAAUUCCAUUUAAGCAAUGUUCUAAUGACAAACAUAUGAUGAAGGAUUCGGAGAAAUCUUGUGGUGGAGAAAAUUUGAACUGCAAUUCAAAUCAUGAAAUUAAGCAACAUGAGCGAGGAGUUGCACAAGCUAAUCCUGUUGAAACUUCUGGGACCAGUACUGGGACUACAGACUGUGAUAGGUCUUCAUUAGAUGGCUUGCAUAGUGUUGAUUGGAUAGGCAAUAUACUUCAAGUUGUGGAUGAGAAAACAUAUCACCAGUCUUUCCAUGUCAAUGGAGUUGAAUAUAAAGUUCAGGAUUAUGCUCUUUGUCGUUCUAUCAACGGCAAAGUGAUGCCAUCUAAACUUCAGGCCAUGUGGGAAGAUAGCAAAACCAGAUCAAAAUGGGUUAUGGUUAAUCGUUGUUACUUUCCUGACGACUUACCAGAGGAGGUUGGCUGCCCUCCUGUGCCAGAAAGCAACGAGGUGUACGAGUCUAAUCAUGAAAGCACAGUAAUGGCUGGCUUGAUUCAGGGACCAUGUGAAGUUCUUCCCCCACGCCAAUUUAUUAAGGAAAGUGAAAGGAGAACUCUUUUAGGGAUGGAGGCAAAUGAUGGUUUACAACCACUUUUCCUGUGCAAAUGGUUUUAUGAUGAACGAAAACGGCUAUUCCGAGCUGUUUCCAGUUAGUUAAAGGUCAGACAUUUGUAGGAGACAUUCUUUACCAUGCUCUUGUUGCAGCUAUGCCAUGGCCCUCCCUUUGAUCAGGUAGCCAGUUGCAGAGCAUCCUCUUAGACAAUUGAUCAAGGGAUUUACAAUAUUGAAUUUCUUGUACAAUAUGUAGGUUUGCGUUAGUCUUUCAUUUUCUUCGCAGUAAUUGAAUUCAGAAAUUUCCUGUACCAUAUGUAGAGCGUUUGGCCUAGUCUUCAUAAUUUUCUUGGCAGUAAUUCAAAUCAAACAUUUUCAUGCCCAUAUUGGUGCCCCAAGCCCUUUUCUGGAUAUGGCAAAACAAUGUAUGAUAGGUAUGUCCUCCGCUCUGUACUCUUGGGGGUUUGAAUUACUAAUUAGAUACGAAAACUGCUUUUGUUUGGUCAGAUAAUGCAGAAUUUUGUAACAAGGGAGGAAAAUUGUCUGAUCUGUGAAUCGGGUUGAAAUUUGUAUGGUCUUCAUUUAUUUCAUCAAAUGCGAAACUAUCAAUGAAAUGUCAUUUUUACCGUGAAGUUAUAAUUUUUAGUCGAUGAAG